AUGGAACGUGGCUAUUCCUUCCAUACUAGCGCUGAGAGAGAAAUUGUUAGAGACAUUAAGGAAAAGUUGUGUUAUGUGGCAUUGGACUUUGAAGGUGAAAUGAAGAAGGCCUCUGAUUCUUCCAGUAUUGACAAGUCCUAUGAAUUGCCAGAUGGUAAUAUCAUUACUGUUGGUAACGAAAGAUUCAGAUGUCCAGAGGUUUUGUUCCAACCAAACUUCAUUGGUAUGGAAUCUGCUGGUGUUCAUGAAACCACUUUCAACUCAAUUGGUAAAUGUGAUAUUGACAUCAGAAAAGAUUUGUAUGCCAAUGUAGUCUUGUCUGGUGGUACUACCAUGUUUGAAGGUAUUGCUGACAGAAUGACCAAGGAAUUGACUGCUAUGGCUCCUGCCUCCAUGAGAAUUAAGGUUGUUGCUCCUCCAGAACGUAAAUAUUCAGUUUGGAUUGGUGGAUCAAUUUUGGCUUCUUUGUCUACCUUCCAAUCCAUGUGGAUCACUAAGGAAGAAUAUGAAGAUGCCGGUCCAGGAAUUGUUCAUAGAAAGUGCUUCUAA